AUGGACGAGGGAGCGGACGCAUAUGAAGAUGAGAUGGCAUCAGGCUCAUGCCACUUGCCGAAGAGGCAAAAGACUUCCCACUAUCGUGACUCGGCUACCCUGCAGCAUGCCUCAUACACUGUCGCCUGGAUUUGCGCGCUUCCUAUUGAGAGGGCCGCAGCAAUGGCCAUGCUAGAUGAAACCCACAAGCCUUUGCAUACAGAUCCAGAUGAUACAAACACUUACGAACUGGGAAGCAUCAGUCGGCAUAAUGUCGUGAUCGCAUGUUUACCUAAUGGCGGAUACGGCACGAAUAAUGCGGCGAACGUGGUGACCAAUUUGAAACGAACAUUCCCCUCAAUACGUGUGGGGCUGAUGGUCGGGAUCGGUGGAGGCGUCCCAAGUCAGACUAAAGAUAUACGCUUAGGUGAUGUUGUUGUUGGAACAAGAGUUAUGCAGUACGAUCUCGGCAAAAUCAUCGGUGAUGGAGAGAUGCAGAGGACGGGCAUACCCAAAAUUCCCCAUCAGCUGCUUGGUACAGCCGUAUCUGCCCUCCGGUCGAAACAUGAACUUGGGCCUAGUCGAAUAUCGUCUAUUCUGCAACAGAAGCUGGAGGAGCACGUCGGUUAUCAACGGCCAAGCUCACUUGACCGCCUUUUUUGCGUCGAGUAUGAUCAUGAAGAUCCUAAUUCCCCCUGCGAUGAAUGUGACCAGUCAAAAUUGAUCUCACGCAGCCAGCGGAACUCGGACGAUGUCAUGAUUCACUACGGUGCGAUCGCUUCUGGAAACAAAGUGAUCAAGAACGGCAGGGCCCGGGAUAUGAUUGCUCGAGAACUAGACGUUGUCUGUUUUGAGAUGGAAGCGGCUGGCCUGAUGGACACUAUGUCAUGCCUUGUUAUCCGCGGGAUAUGUGACUACGCAGACAGUCACAAAAGCAAGGAAUGGCAGAGGUAUGCAGCAGCAACGGCCGCCGCAUAUGCCAGAGAGUUACUCGGAGAGCUACCCAUGACCGAAGGAAAUGCAAGAACUUUCUUUGUGCCUGAUUCUCGUGAGAGUCGAGUCCAUGACUGCAGACAGAGGCUGAUAGAUUCUUUGCGGUUCGAGCAAAUUGAUUCUCGAAAGUUGACUAUCAAGGCGGCUCAUGCUAAGACAUGUCGAUGGUUCCUGAGCCAUCCCGACUACAAGGCCUGGCUUGACCCUACCAAAUUAUCGCAGCAUCAUGGCUUUCUGUGGAUCAGUGGUAAGCCUGGUGCCGGUAAGUCAACGAUCAUGAAGUUUGCCUACACGAACACAAAGAAUAAAGCUCGCCGUCAACACUCCGUUGUAGCAUCGUUCUUCUUUAACGCUCGUGGUGAAUAUAUAGAGAAGUCAGUGUUUGGCAUGUACCGAUCCCUACUUCUACAAUUGCUCGAAGGUUAUCCUGUUCUCCAGUCAGUACUGGAUGACCCGGAUGUCAUACCCAACGACCAGAGUGGCUGCCCUUCUUUGAAUGUUCUCAAGGAUGUCUUUUGUGACGCUGUCUUGGGUCUCGGUGAAAAAUCGUUCACCUGCUUUGUGGAUGCUCUUGAUGAGUGCGAUGAGCAACAAGUCGUGGAAAUGGUCCAGUACUUCGAAGACCUCGCCGAGCAAGCUACAUCUCAUAAUGUGCCGUUCCGGAUCUGCUUUUCUAGCCGCCACUAUCCUUAUAUCAGCAUAAAGCAAGGACUUCGACUUACGCUCGAGGAUCAACAAGGUCAUUCUGAAGACCUAGAAGCGUAUAUUGCAAGCCGCCUUCGAGUUGAAGACUCCGUGUUCCGCGAAGAGCUAGAGCUACAGCUUCUCAACAAAGCUGCUGGAGUAUUCAUGUGGCUUGUUCUCGUCGUUGAUAUUCUGAACGAGGAGGACAGACGGGGUGGUCUCUACCUCAGAAAGAGACUUGCAGAAAUACCAAGUGACUUGAGCGAACUUUUCAAGGAUAUUCUAAGACGUGACAACAAACGUAUGGAUGAUUUGCUCCUCUGCAUCUUAUGGAUACUUUACGCAAAGCGACCAUUAGAGCCGAAAGAGUUCUAUCAUGCUUUGUGGUCCGGAUUGUCACUCAAAGCUCUACUCGACGACCAGCCGCCUAUCCUCAGCGACCCGGAUUCAAGUGACAGCUUCAAAAGAUUCCAGAAAUGUAUAAUCAGUUCGUCAAAAGGCCUUGCUGAAAUUACAAAAUCCAAGAAGCCAAUUGUGCAGUUCAUUCAUGAAUCAGUCCGGGACUUUCUGAUCAAAGACAAAGGUCUACAGAAAAUGUGGCCAGAGCUUGGCUGGGACCCGGAAGGACCAAGCCAUGAGAUGCUGAAACAGUGCUGCAGUCUCUAUAUGAACCAUGUCUCUCCACGCAUUCUCACCAAGGACGGGGGCAUUCCAGAUCCUGAUGCCCAAAGGUCAUACCCAUUUCUGGAGUAUGCCUGUCAGUAUAUGUUUUACCACUCAGACGCAGCUGCCAGCUUUGCCCCUCAAAAAGAGUUCCUUGAUAGAUGCAAAAUUUAUCGGUGGAAUCUUGUCAACAACUUUGUCGAAAAGGUCAAGGCCCAGCGAUACAUGUCAAUUGCGGAUGAUGCAAGUCUAAUAUACAUCCUCGCCGACAAAGGAUGUCCAAAUCUUAUUCGCAUAAGAAUGAGGGACUAUCCGGAUAUCCAUCGAAGUUGUCCGGCCGAGCGAUACAAAUACCCCAUUUUUGCUGCGUUGGCCGCCGGUAACCAAGAGACCGUUGCUGCUCUGCUGAAUACCCCUUCGUACAUUUACGAUGGAGAAGACAUUACGAAAGGCUUGAAAUACAGACAAGACAUGAAUGGCUGUGAGAAGUUGACUCCCCUGACUUGGGCAGCCCAAGAAGGACGUUCAAGCAUUGUUCGCCUUCUUCUCUUCCAGGGGGUCGAUAUUGAUGAGGCAGAUCGACAAGGCAUGACUGCUCUUUGCAGGGCUUUGGCGAGCUCCCAUGAAGAGACUGCGAUGCUCCUCAUUUCCGGCGGAGCGAAUGUGAACCCCUCCACUGUAGGUAUACCAGCUCCUCUGCAUUAUGCUUGCGAGCAAGGACUUGACAAUGCCGUAAGCAUCUUUCUUGAUAAAGGAGCUGAAAUUGAUGUUGUGGGUGAUUUUCGAAGGCAACCACUUUCAUAUGCCUGUCAAGGUGGCCAUCUUAGGACAGUAAAGCUUUUGAUAAAGAGCGGAGCAAAAAUGAACGUUACAGACGAUUAUGGUGCUGUACCUCUGCUCACUGCGUUAGAAGCCGGACACCUUGAAGUAGCGCAAUUUCUCAUCAACAAUGGCGCAGACAUUAACGCUAAGAAUCACUAUGGAGAGUCGCCUCUUUCACAUGCAUCGAAAAAGGGGUAUGAACGGUUAGUCCGGCUUCUUCUUGACAGUGGAGCGGAUGUGGACGUGAGAGAUUUGGCUGGGAGCACGCCGCUUUUCUUGACCGACACGCCGGAAAUAGCCAAACUCCUCAUCGAACAUGGCGCAGACGUCAACGCAAAAGAUAAACAAGGAAACACGCCACUUCUAACAUUCGCUUUGGCGCUCCAUGUCAAGACAAGCGAACCCCCUAGCGUCAAAGAAGGCGACGAGAUCAUUGGAAAUGAGCACUCGAUUUCCCCGUCCUCUCCGACCCCCAACGAUUCGAGGAUUCCGGCAGUACUCAAAGUUCUCCUUGAGCACGGAGCUGAUGUUAAUGUUCGAAAUGAAUUUGGAGAAACGCCGCUCUUGCGCUCCCUGCAAUACGGACACGAGCCGCUUGCGAGACUACUUAUCGAGCACGGAGCAGACGUCAAUGCUACGACCGAGGACGGGGAAACAGCACAUGGUAGCCGUGAAAAGAAAGAACGAAGGUCUUGUGAGACUUCUUAUUGA